AUGGGUGUGAUCAGUUUCUGCAUGGCUGGCCUGGCGUUGGCCAGCUUAGCAAUGGCCCAAAAUGCCAGCUUGACUCAAGAUAACACCAUUUCUACAGAAGGACUGGUCUCCAACAACUCCAGAUUCGAUACGAUUCUGCGCGUGGACAAUGGCACUUACGGCCCUCCAAUCGAGGAGGUCCACUACUUUUACAAAUACUGGCCCAUCGGCAUCGCUGUGUCCAGCACACCGAGAAUCUUUGUCUGCUACACCCGUGGCGACUACGACUAUACCGUCGCCGAAGUCAACAGCACGACUUCGGAGACACCUUUCCCGUCUGCCGGUCUGAACUUGCCUCCUGAUGCACUCAACACAACGUUCAAUGGGAUUGAGUUCGGAAGUGCGAAUUCCACCGGCUUGAUAAGUGUGCAGGCUCUUUAUAUCACACCUGCAACUUCUUCAGGGCGACCCGAAACGUUGUGGCUGCUGGACACAGGCCGGCCGACCAUUCAGUCCUCUACCGGGAGCUACAGCAUGCCCUACGCGCAGCCUGGCGGGCCAAAAGUCGUAGGUGUCAAUUUAUCGAAUAACACCGUCUACGCGACCUACACGUUUCCGUCCACCGUGCAUUAUCCCGACUCGUACAUGAACGACAUACGCUUCGAUCUUCGGGCCGGGGUUGAGGUGGCUUACAUUGUGGACUCCAGCGACGAAGGCCGCAAUGGGUUCAUCAUGUUGAACCUCACAGACGGCACGGCCUGGCGGAGAUUGACGCAACAUCCGUCGGUGCUACGAGUAUACAAUAACUUGCCGAGCUACCAGGGCCAUCCAUUCUACUAUCGGAACCCUGGCAUGAGCUUCUCGCACCAACAAGAGGGUCUUGAUGGCAUCCAGAUCACCCCCGACGGCGACUACAUCUACUACUCGCCACUGACGUCGCAGAACCUCUACCGCGUUCCCACAGCAAACUUACUGUUACAAGACAGCCAAAGCCCGCUUGCCGAACAAGCGGCGUCCAACAACGUCUCGUGGCUCGGCCAGCGGGGAGGCGAGGCCAACGGCUUCGAGGGCGAUAGUAGCGGCCUGAUCUAUAUGCUCAUGCCCACCCACAAUGCCAUCUACUACUAUGACCCCGCGGACCUCCAAGUUCAUGGAUUUGUACGGGACCCGAGGAUCGUCUGGCCCGACAGCGCGAGCAUCGCAGAAGACGGAUACUUCUACAUGACUAUCAACCAGCUGCCAUAUCAGGAUGAGUGGAAUAAUGGCGUCAACCUAAGGCAAUUUCCCGGGGCGAUUCUGAGGGCCAAAUUGUUGAAUAAUGCCACAAAGAUUACUUCGUUGACAUAG